AUGAGAGAGAAUUACAGAACCAAAUUGGAGAGAAUUGUAAGGGCUCAAAGAGAGGCAGAAUUAAGAGAUGGUGAAGGGGUUCCAGAGACAGUUAGAAUAGAUGCCACAGUAGUCCCAGCUCCCAAUCCUAAUGCGAAGGUGGUGUAUGACCCUACAACUCCAUCUUCUGCCUUUGUGGUUGGAAUGAUAUUCCAAAAUGUUGCUGAGUUCAGAAAAGCUCUUAACAAGUAUGCGGUUAAUAGAGGUGUUGAGUUGACAAGAAUGAACCAGCCAAAGUCAGGGCUACUUGCAAAAAGGAGGGCUGUGGGUGGACUGUGCUAUAGAGAGUUCAAAGUGAGACAUUCAACUCAAAAGUUUCUGGUUGAUUAUUUUAAAGAUAGGAUAACUAACUUUCACCACCUAAAGGCCAAAGAACUCAAAGCCAGGGCUAUGAAGGAGUUAAAAAUGGAUGUUACUGAAAUCAAGUGCAAGAGGGUAAAAGCUGAGUUGCUUAAGGAGUUACAAGGGGACUAUUUGGAAGAAUAUGGCUUAUUGUGGAACUAUAGGGAGGAGCUGUUACUUACUAAUACUGGGAGUACAGUGGAGGUGUUGUCUAUAGGGAACAAUCCUGGUGAGUUUGGUUGCAUGUAUAUGUGCUUUGAUGCUCUGAAGAAAGGGUGGAAGGCUGGAUGUAAGCCUAUUAUAGGUCUUGAUGGGUGUUUUCUCAAGACAAUUUGCAAAGGAGAAUUGUUAAUAACCAUAGGAAGGGAUGCCAACAAUCAAAUAUUUCCAAUUUCUUGGACAGUUGUGAGGACAAAGUCCAAAGCAACUUGGAGGUGGUUUCUGAACCAUCUAAAGCAGGAUUUUAAUUUAGGGGAUGGCUCAAAACUAACACUGAUAAGCCUGCUUCCAGCCAUUAAGGAAGAAUUUCAUGAGGCAGAACAUAGAUGGUGUGCCCAACAUAUAUUCAUGAGGUGGCAGAAAAGAUGGAAUGGAGGAGAUUUCAGGAAGCAAUUUUGGAUGUGUGCAAGAAGCACAUUUGAGGAGUCCUUUCAGGACCAGCUUGAGGAUAUGGAUGCCUUAGUUAAUGGUUCUAUUGAGCAUUUGCUAACAUAUCCAACCCAUACAUGGUGCAAUGCAUAUUUCAGAUUUCAUUCUAAGUGUGAUUCAGUAGAUAAUAACAUGUGUGAGUCAUUUAAUGGGGAUUUGUUAGCAGCUAGGAAAUUGCACAUUUUAGGACUCUUAUAA